AUGGCAAAUCAUCGAACCACAUACCUCCUUGUCCUCCUCAUUUUCCACUCCAUUUUCCUCGAAUCCCGAGCUUGCCACCCUACGGAUAGAGAGGCUCUCCUCGAUUUCAAGAGAAGAAUCACUGCCGAUCCCUCGAAAUUGCUUGAGUCCUGGAUUCCUGACAAAGAUUGUUGCACUAGAUGGGCGGGAAUCGCGUGCGACACUUCAACGGGUCGAGUCCUGAAUUUGACCUGUCCAGGGCGUGAUUGGGACUCUGAAACGGGGCCCAUAGACACCUCAAUGUCUGGGACAUUGUCACCGUUUAUAGGGAAUAUAUCUUCUCUUCAAGUUCUUGAUUUGGGGAAUCUAAAGGAGUUAAAGGGGCGCAUCCCGUUUGAAUUAGGCAAGCUUGCGCUACUUGUUUUUGGACUCAAAUGGUCUUGA